AUGUUGGAAAAAAGAUGUGCUUUCAAAGCAUUAAAUCCGAAGCUGAAAUCGAUGGUUUUUGGACUUUUGCAUCAAAACAAUCUCAAUCUUUUAGUUAACGAUAGCAUACACAAACACAGUAAGAAGAGAUUCGCGAUAUUAUAAUGAAUUCAUCGAAUGCUACUUGUAAAUUAGAUCCUAUUCCAACUUGGUUAGUGAAAUUAUGCGUUGAUGAACUGAAAACUGUAAUCACGAAAAUUAUUAAUAUGUCACUACAAGAUGGUUAUGUUCCUGAAGCAUGGAAAGUUGCUCUUCUGCUACCUAUAUUAAAGAAACUUGUUCUUGAAGGUUUAUUUGAAAAUUUUAGACCUGUAAAUAACCUCUCAUUUGUGUCAAAAAUUGCAGAAAAAGCAGUUGUUGGUCAGAUACUUAACCAUUGUGAAAAUAAUGUGCCUUUUCCUACUAACCAAUCAGCUUAUCGCCCAUUUCACUCAACUGAGACGGCCUUGUUAACAUUCAAAACGAUAUUUUAACAAGCAAGGAUCAACAAGAGGUAAUGCUACUUGCACUACUUGACCUGAGUGCGGCCUUUGAUACGGUGGACCACAUAAUCAUGUUAGAAAUAUUAAAAUCAAAUUGUGGUGUCAGCAGUGUCAUAAUUAUGUUAAUUUAUGAUAAGCACAUGAUCAUGGUUAAAGAUUGCUGUUGAACAUGGCGACGUGUGUAGUGUAUAAUAUGACAUGGUGUCAGGAGUAAAAAUAAAAAAACACACUAAAAUGGAAACGUUUAAGUCUCCGAGUGCAUUGAAUUUGACGGGAAACUUGCGAGAGAACUGGAGGUGAUGGAUUCAGCGAUUCGAGUUGUUUUUGACCGCGUCAGGGAAAGUCAAAGAAACGGAAAAAGUCCAGUGUGCAAUUUUACUUCAUCUCAUCGGUGAUGAAGCCCUCGAAAUCUACAACACGUUUACGUUUGGCGAGGGCAAGGAUCGUGAUAAGUUGAACGUGUUGGAGAAGAAAUUUGAAGAUUAUGUAAAUCCUCGAAAGAAUACUGUAUUUGAACGAUAUAAAUUCUGGGAAUGCAAACAAAAAGGUGAAACAAUCGACCAAUUUAUAACGGAGUUGAAAACACGAGCUAAGUCAUGUGAAUUUGGUGAUCAAACAGACAGCAUGAUUUGAGAUCGUAUAGUAUUUGGGGUGGGUGAUAUUCGAUUAAAAGAACGAUUGCUUCGUGAAUCGUCUGAACUCACUCUUGAAAAAGCUGCAAGUUUGUGCCGAGCGGUGGAAGAAAGUGCGAAACAGCUCAAAGAGCUUCGGAAGCAAAAUGUUGAUCCAAGUGAACCGGAAGUUCAUGUCGUAAAGAAACCCACUCGAGGUGAGUCGCUAUUUGAUUGUAAUAGAUGUGGAACUAAGCAUGCAGUAAGAUCUUGCCCUGCAUUUGGAAAACCUUGCCACAAAUGUAAAAGAAAAAAUCACUCCGCACGAAUGUGUCAAAUGUCAAGAAAUUCUUCUGUUGAUGAAGUGUCAGAAAAUACUGGGGAAGCUAACACUAGAAAUGACCCAACACUCAAGUUAAAUAGUUUAUUUAUUGGGACCAUAACUAGCCGCACAACAAGUUCUGCGGUUUGUGAGUGUGGGUAUAAAUGGAACACAAGUUCGAUUUAAACUUGACACUGGAGCUGAAGCCAAUGUGUUGCCAUUUAAUGUGUAUUCAAGUCUAAAGAUUAGUACAUCCCUGCAGAAAACUGAUGUGGUUUUAACCUCAUAUGGGAAUUUUAAUGUCAAACCGGAGGGGAAAGUUUUCCUGAGAUGUGUCGUCAAUGGUCAGUCUGAAAUGCUACCAUUCUUUGUUGUUACUGUCCAGUCAACCCCAAUACUAGGUCUGCAGGCGGCAUGUAAGAAAUUAAACCUGGUCAAGAAAGUUAAUGAAGUGGCCCCAUCACCCUCCACUAAAGAACACAUUCAUGAUUACCCAGAGGUGUUUGAAGGGCUUGGCUCCAUGGAUGGAGAAUAUCAUAUCGUUGUUGACAAGACUGUCAAGCCUGUCAUCCACCCACCACGAAAGGUUCCCUACAGCAUACUGGGAAAGUUAAAAGAGAAAUUUUGGAACUUGAAAAAAUUGGUGUUGUGCAGAAAGUUGACAAACCGACUCCAUGGGUUAACAGUCUUGUCAUAGUCUAGAAACGUGAUGGGUCUCUGCGGUUAUGUUUGGAUCCCCGUGAUCUGAAUAAGGCUAUUCAACGGGAGCAUCAUAGAAUUCCCACAGCAGAGGAUAUUGCCACUCGCCUUAGUGGUAAGAAGUUAUUUUCCAUAGUGGAUGAAAAAGAUGGGUUUUGGCAGAUCCACCUAGAUGAAGAAAGUUCCCAUCUCUGCACCUUCAAUACACCCUUUGGUCGCUUCCGCUUCACGAGAUUACCAUUUGGUGUGUGUUCAGCCCCUGAAGUGUUUCAGAAGAAGAAUGAAGCAUUGUUUGGUGAUAUUGAUGGUGUCGAGGUGAUAUUUGAUGACAUAAUUGUGGCAGCGCGGGAUGAAAAAGAGCAUGAUGAAAUUAUGGCAAAGCUGUUGGAAAGAGAAAAAGCAGAAAAUGUUAAAUUCAAUCCAGAAAAGCUUCAGUACAAAGUCAAAGAAGUGAAGUACAUGGGUAACAUUGUAUCUGAAUCGGGUUUGAAGCCAGAUAGCGAGAAAGUUCGUGCAAUCCUGGACAUGCCCUUACCUAAGUCAAAGGAAGAAUUGCAAAGAUUCCUUGGAAUGAUCAAUUUUUUCUCUAAGUUUAUUCCAGGUCAAUCGAGUAUUACUGACCCUCUACGGCAGUUGUUAAAGAAAGAUUCAGUUUGGGACUGGUCCCAUGAACACACUGGUGCAGUAGAGCAACUGAAACAGAUCCUCUCAAGUCAGCCUGUCCUGAAAUUUUUUGACUCAGCAAAGCCAGUCAAGUUGCAAGUUGAUGCUUUGAAAG